AUCAACUUGAACGUGUGUUCUUGCGUCUUGGCCAUGCAGAAACAGAUGAGCAGUUACAGAACAUUAUUUCCAAAUUCCUACCCCCUGUUCUCCUCAAGUUGUCCAGCACACAGGAAGGAGUUCGUAAAAAGGUCAUGGAGCUGCUGGUUCAUCUGAAUAAGCGCAUCAAAAGUCGUCCAAAAAUUCAACUUCCAGUAGAGACGUUGCUAGUUCAGUAUCAAGAUCCUUCUGCAGUGUCUUUUGUCACUAAUUUUACAAUAAUUUAUGUUAAGAUGGGAUACCCCCGUCUGCCUGUGGAAAAACAAUGUGAAUUGGCUCCAACUCUUCUCACUGCAAUGGAAGGAAAACCUCAACCACAGCAAGACAGCCUAAUGCAUCUUCUAAUACCAACCCUUUUUCACAUGAAGUACCCUGCUAGAAAGCAGCCUUCUCCAUUUAAUCUUGCUGAAAAACCAAAGACUGUACAGCUGCUUUUGGACUUUAUGUUGGAUGUUCUUCUUAUGCCUUAUGGGUUCGUGUUGAAUGAAUCUCAGAGUCGACAAAACAUGCCCUCAGCCCAGGGCUCUUCAUCGAGUAGCGUGGGAGGUCCUGGAAUCCCUCAGCCACCUCCAGGGAUGAGUUUUUACGCAGCCAAAAGGGUAAUUGGAGAUAGCCCAUGGACACCGGAGCUGCUAGAACAGUGUAAGCUGGGGAUAGUGAAGUUCAUCGAAGCUGAGCAAGUGCCAGAACUUGAAGCUGUUAUACACCUGGUUGUAGCCUCCAGUGAUACAAGACACAGUGUUGCCACUGCAGCAGACCUUGAACUAAAAAGCAAACAAAGUUUAAUUGAUUGGAACAAUCCAGCUAUCAUCAACAAAAUGUAUAAAGUGUAUCUUGGGGAUAUACCGCUGAAAACUAAGGAGGGAUCUGUUCUGAAACCAGAAAUGAAGCGAGAGUCAGUCAGCACUCGUGUUAAAUUAAAGAUAGUUCCGCAUCUCCUGCGAUCCAGGCAAGCUGCAGAAACGUUCCCAGCUAACAUUCAGGUGGUUUAUGAUGGACUCUUUGGUGCAAACACAAAUACAAAACUGAGAAGUCUGUCCUUGCAGUUUGUGCAUCAUAUUUGUAUCAUUUGUCCAGAAAGUAAAAUAAAGCCCUUAGGCCCAAUGCUUUUAAAUGGACUUACAAAACUGAUCAAUGAAUACAAAGAGGAUUCAAAACUGCUGUCAAUGGCAUAUUCAGCGGUUGGAAAGCUCUCCAGCCGAAUGCCUCAGCUCUUUACCAAGGAUAUAGCACUCGUACAGCAGUUUUUUGAAGCUUUAUGCAAGGAAGAUGCUGAUACUAGGCUUGCCAUUCAGGAGGCCUUGUCUAUGAUGGUUGGAGCAUACAGUAACUUGGAAGGAGCCCAGCGUACCCUGAUGGAAGCUCUUGUAGCUUCUUAUUUAAUAAAGCCUGAAGUUCAAGUCCGUCAAGUGGCUGUGAAAUUCGCUAGCACAGUAUUCCCUCCAGAUCAUAUCCCUUCCAGAUACUUACUCCUGUUAGCUGCAGGAGAUCCACGAGAGGAGGUACAUGCAGAAGCCCAGCGCGUUCUGAGAACAUUUCCUGGAAAAAAUGAAAAGGAGAGUUACGGGAAGCAGAUGCCUUCCUUCCCUGAAAUGGUCCAUUACAUUCAAGACAAGGCCUCUCAUCGAAUGAAAACUCCGGCCAAAUAUACGAGUGGAACUGCAGCGUUGCCUUUCAAUCCUGCCACAUUUGGAGAGAUAGUUCUGUAUCUGCGAAUGUGUCUUGCUCACAGUGCAGGUGUGGUGCCAACCUCGCAGAGCUUGGCAGAUAUGCAAGAUCAUGCUCCAGCCAUUGGACGUUACAUAAGAAACCUCAUGUCUGGCAACCACAUAUCUUUCUCUUCCUCCUCCUCUUCAAAAAGUGCAGAAACAAACCCUGUACACAUAUAUAUUGGCCUUCUUCAGCAGCUGUUAGCUGGUGUUGGAGGUUUGCCAGUCAUGUAUUGUCUUCUGGAAGUUAUUUCAGUGUAUCCGGAAAAACUAGCAACCAGAUUUGUAGACAAAAUGGAUUGGAUAAAGAGCUUGAUGAACACAAACAAAGAAGAAAUGCGUGAGCUUGCAGCCCUGUUUUAUUCUGUAGUGCUGUCUACCAUGUCUGGAGAUGAGCUUAGGGCCUCCUUGGAGCAGCUGAUCAAGAUGACAAAGGACAACCAUAGCCCAGAGGUCCAACAUGGAUCCUUGUUGGCUUUGGGAUUUACAGUAGGAAGGUACCUGGCCAAAGGGAAAAUAAGAACGAUGGAGCUACAUGAUAUGGAACAGCCAAACACUGCAGUCAUGCCAGAACAAGAUCAGCUCAUAAAGUCGACGACAGAGACAAUAGGUUCUUUUCUGGACAGCACCUCUCCCUUCCUCGUGGUGGCUGCUUGCACGGCUCUUGGGGAAAUUGGCAGGAACGGCCCCUUGCCAAUUCCCAGUGAAGGAACAGGAUUUACAAAGCUGCAACUUGUUGAGAGCUUAUUGGCCCGAAUCCCUUCCAGCAAGGAAACAAAUAAGAUGAAGGAAAGAGCAAUACAAACAUUGGGUUACUUCCCAGUGGGAGAUGAAGAUUUUCCCCACCAGAAGCUGCUGUUGCAGGGUUUAAUGGAUUCUGUGGAGGCCAAGCAAAUAGAACUGCAGUUCACCGUUGGUGAAGCUAUUACCAGCGCAGCUGUAGGAACCAGCUCAGUGGCCGCACGUGAUGCAUGGACAGUCACAGAGGAGGAAUAUAUCCCUCCCCCAGAUUUGAAAGUGAAUGAUGUGGUUCCCUGGGUCCUAGACCUUAUUUUGAACAAGCACAUUGUCAGCCCCAACCCACACAUUAGGCAGGCAGCUUGCAUCUGGCUACUGUCAAUGGUGAAGAAGCUGAGCACGCACAAAGCAAUUAAGUCUCAUCUUAAGGACAUUCAAAGUGCUUUUGUUUCAAUUCUGUCAGAUAGUGAUGAGCUUAGUCAAGAUGUUGCUUCCAAAGGUCUCGGACUGAUAUACGAACUAGGAAGUGAACAGGAUCAACAAGAGCUAGUCACCACGCUUGUUGAUACCCUUAUGACUGGGAAAAGAGCCAAACAUGAGAUGACUGGAGAAACUGUGGUGUUUCAGGGUGGCCUGAGCAAAACCCCAGAUGGUCAAGGCCUUUCUACCUACAAGGAGCUUUGUUCACUGGCUAGUGAUCUCAAUCAACCAGACCUGGUGUACAAAUUCAUGAAUCUGGCCAACCAUCACGCCAUGUGGAAUUCUCGGAAGGGAGCGGCUUUUGGUUUCAAUGUGAUAGCUGCCAAGGCUGGAGAGCAGCUGACUCCAUUUUUGCCCCAGCUUCUUCCCCGUCUCUACCGUUACCAGUUUGACCCCAACCUGGGCAUUCGACAGGCAAUGACCAGCAUUUGGAAUGCUUUGGUGACCGACAAGUCAGUGGUUGAUAAGUACAUGAAAGAAAUUCUUGAGGAUUUGAUUAGUAACCUAACCAGCAGUCUGUGGAGGAUCAGAGAAUCCAG